CGUAUUGCCAUGGAUUCAGUCGUCAGCCUCACGAAACCGGAUUGAACUUCGCGCUUGCGCUCGUGCCCUUACGGCUCUUGCUCUUCUUUUCAGUUUCUUCGCAGAAAAGUGUCACGGGGACCGUAUCGAUACCGAUCGUUUCCGCGUACGAAAAACCGAUCCGGUGACCGGGGCGAGAAGGAAGUUCGUGAUCGUAACGCGUGCGUAUGAUCGCCGAUAGGAUGUGUCGCGGAUGCAAGAACAAAUAACAUCCGGUUUUUUGGUCGUUCAAAAUUUAAACCGAAUCACCGCGUCGACGCUGUUCGCCGUUCGUUACACCGAACGACGGUUUACUUUUCGAAAAAAAAACGAAGCGACAACUGGGAACAACGUUCGUCGGUUCGCAUCGUAACGUUUUAGGAUGAGCAAACCGAACGGCAAAGGAGAUGCAAAUGAAGAUAAUAGAACCGGGGCAUACGUGAAUCACGCCUUGAACGUAUCUGGAGAUAGCAUACACCAUAGUAAUUCGAACAGUUCUCCGAUACUACGUGAUUCGUAUGAGAAUCACCAGGGAAUACAGGGUUCUUCGGAUUUUAUAUUGGUGGAGGACUCGGGGGAUGACGUGAUCCAGCAGGAGCAUAGCCUUCUGGAUUCGGUGUUCCAAUACACAAGGCGACGCGUUAGGUCGGCUUGCACCAAGAAAACUGUUUACAAGAGACUGCCGGUAUUACGAUGGCUGCCCAGAUACAGUGGACACGAUGCACUGGGCGAUCUUGUAGCUGGCGUUACGGUCGGUCUCACGGUUAUUCCCCAAUCUUUAGCAUACGCUAACGUAGCAGGUCUACCACCACAGUACGGAUUAUACGGUAGCUUCAUAGGUUGUUUUAUUUAUGUUAUAUUUGGAUCCUGCAAAGACACGCCAUUAGGACCUACUGCCAUUAUUUCUUUACUCACUUAUCAAACGGUUUCCCACCUUGAUGAACCUGUGCACCACGCGGUACUUCUCUGCUUUCUGGCUGGAGUGAUAGAAUUACUAAUGGGUAUAUUUGGCCUUGGAUUUUUGAUCGAUUUUGUGUCUGGACCUGUCAGUUCAGGCUUUACGUCGGCGGUAGCUUUAAUAAUUGUUACUUCACAAAUAAAAGAUGUUCUUGGUAUUCCUGCCAGAGGAUCACAAUUUCUUGAGAUGUGGAAAAAUCUGGCUGGACAGUUACACAAAACUUCAGCUUGGGAUGCUGCGCUUGGAGCAACUUGUAUAGCACUUCUUUUGCUUCUCAGGCUUCUAUCGUCUUACAGUAUUGGCCCCAAAGAUGAAGAAUUACAAACAUCUAAAUAUCAUAUUAUAAAUAAAAUCAUUUGGUUAAUUGGUACAUCACGGAACGCGUUUCUGGUGAUACUUUGCGGUCUUUUGGGAUAUAGUUUAAGCGAAGAAUCUCCCUUCAAAUUGGUUGGAUACAUACCAGGAGGUCUGCCAACUGUACAAUUACCAACAUUUAGUUACAUGAAAAAUGAUAAUACAACCGCGACAUUUGUUGACAUGGUUUCAAAUUUGGGGAGUGGUAUUCUUGUUUUACCACUUAUCUCAUUAAUGGAGGACAUUGCUAUUUGCAAAGCUUUCUCAACUGGAAAAUCAGUCGAUGCGACGCAAGAAUUAAUAGCGAUCGGAAUAUCAAACAUCGGUAAUUCCUUUGUUCAAGCAUUUCCCGGUACAGGAUCUCUUAGUAGAAGUGCUGUGAAUAAUGCUUCUGGAGUUAGAACGCCGAUGGGUGGUGUUUAUACUGGUGUUCUAGUAAUAUUAGCCCUCCUUUUUCUCACGCCAUACUUCAGCUAUAUACCAAGAGCCACAUUAGCAGCAAUAAUCAUAGCUGCUGUAAUAUUUAUGGUCGAAGUUAAAGUCGUGAAACCAAUGUGGAGAACGAAAAAAUCGGAUUUGAUCCCUGGAUUGGGAACUUUCAUCGCGUGCUUAUUAUUAAAACUGGAAAUUGGAAUUCUAUGUGGUAUUGGAAUAAAUAUUAUAUUUAUUCUCUAUCAUGCAGCGCGGCCAAAAAUAUCUGCAGAAAAACUUACCACUCGACACGGUAUUCAAUAUCUAAUGCUGACGCCAGAUCGAUGUUUAAUUUUUCCAUCGGUAGAUUACGUACGAAAUUUAGUAACAAAAUACAGCAGACGAACUGGAAGCGUGGCUACCCCAGUCGUGAUCGACUGUUCGCAUAUUUACGGGGCAGACUUCACCGCAGCCACAGUAAUCGAAACUUUAAUAAAAGAUUUUGCUUCGAGGGGGCAACCACUUUUUUUCUACAAUUUAAAGCCCUCUGUUCAUGCUGUUUUUGAGAGUGUUGCAUCAACUGACUUUGUUGUGUACAAUAGCCAGGAAAAGCUGGACAAUCUUCUGAGAGAAAGAGGAUACUUGAAACAAACUAAAUAGAAUAUGUUAUUUAUAUGUAUAUGUUUAUUUACUUGUUAUUAACUGAAUUACCACAAUAUCUUGCACUAGUGGUAUGACGCCCCAUAGAAAGUUGUUAAACAACGUCUUUCUCAAUUUUUGAGCCUUUGAUUACAGAGGUAUGCGAGUUAUAAAAUAUUUCUACAUUAUCAACUUAACUUUACAUUGAUUUUCAACGAAUUAGGUCCAGUUUCGUUGUAUUUUGUACUUAAAGAUAUAUUACAAUCAAUGUAAUAAAUA